UCCCCUGUGCUGUUUUCUGUUUUCAGCAUGGAAUUCCGCUCGGCGCGGCGAGCAAUCCUAAGGCUGCUGCGUACGGUGACUCCGGCGGACCUCCCAGCGCUGCUCGAGUGGAUGCGAACUACCCGAGAUUUUGAUGAAUUCACUCAAGAUAAUAACGACAUUAUGUUGAAAAACAUAGCAGAGGACCUUCGGAACUGCUUACCUCUAGAAACCAUGCUUUCCUCAGAACAUGUAGCCCUCCAAAAAAUACAGCAGCAGCCAGAACCCACAGUUCACGUUGAUGCAUUCCUUUAUGAUGAAGACUUUAUUGAUUCAUUAUGUGAGGAAGGAAAAAUGAGCAGAAAUUAUUGUAUGGUGUGUGGCUCACACCAGACGGCACCUUUAGGAUUUAUUUCUCAUUCCUUCUCCCUCAUGGAAUUGAAGUUCAUUUAUCAUCAUGUACUCCCUGAUCUGUCGGGAAAGGUCUUGGUUGAUGUUGGCUCCAGGCUUGGCACAGUCCUUUAUGGGGGUUAUCUUUACAGUUCAGCACUGCAACUAUAUGGAGUAGAAUUGAAUGGAGAUUUUUGCCAGUUGCAGGAAAUGGUCAUAAAAAAAUACCAGUUCACUGACAGAAUAAAGGUGCUUCAUGCAGACAUCUGUACCCAGGGUUCACUUCUGCAAAAUGCUGAUGUCAUUAUCAUGAAUAAUGUCUUCGAAUAUUUUCUUGAUGAGGCAGAACAGGCCAGAGCCUGGGAAUAUAUCAGUCAAAAUGUAAGAAAACAAGGAUCAUUAUUAGUAACAGUACCAAGUCUUGAAGAUUCUCUCUCAGGCCUUCAGAUUAAUAUACAGUUAUCUUCCUGGGUUGAAGAGGUACCACUGACCUACGAUGUAUAUCCAGAAAAGCAUAUUGACAGAGAAGCUCUUGAACAAAUUCAUUUGUAUAAGAUUCUGUAACAUUAAAAUAGUCCUAUCUCAGUGUAAUGGUUUGUUGAGUAUAUUACAAAUUAAUAAAAAAGAAACAUCACCCCAAUACCCUAACACAUAUUUCUGUAUAUUCCUUUCUAGACUUUGUAUGUAUGUUUACAUAUUUGUAAAUAGUCAUAUGGGUAUAUAUACACAUAUAUAGUUGUGUAUGACACAUAAUUGUGUCCAUAUACACCUUUGAUUUCUGUGAUAAUUUAAUUAAAAUACU